AUGAUGGAAAACGUCCGUUUUUAUAUAUACAAAAAAAAAGCAGAGAAGAAACCAGAACGUGUGUACUUUGGUGACGUACGUCUUUUAUCCUCACCCCGGUCUAUUUCAGCAAAUGUAAAUCUGCCGAAAUUGUUCCCAUACUCUGUACCAGCGUAUGCGAAGGUGUCAUACGAUUUGUUCGGAUUACAAUAUCAUGCUGAGUAA